AUGGCUACCCCAACCCCGUUACCCUUAAACGACUCAGCACCCAAUAACACAGACAAAGUCGAACCUGCGAACCUCCAUCUCCCCCGCAUCUCAAUCCAGUUCUGCACACAGUGUCGGUGGAUGCUCCGCGCCGCAUACUUCGCCCAAGAACUCCUCUCGACAUUCAGCACAGACCUCGGCGAAGUGGCCCUCGUCCCUAAGACCGGUGGCGUGUUCACGGUAACGAUAUGGCAUGGUACGCUGAAUACUGAAGGGGAGGUCACGACGCAGGAGAUUAUUCUGUGGGAUAGGAAGCGUGAUGGGGGAUUCCCUGAGGUCAAAGCGCUCAAGUCCCUUGUGCGGAAUGUUAUUGCCCCUGAGAGGGAUUUGGGACAUACGGAUCGGGCUUUGAAGAAGCAGCAGGGUGAGCAGGAGAAGAAAGAGGAAGGUAAGGACAAGGCGGGUUGUGAGGAUUGUCAGUAG